CCAGUUAUAGUGAUAAUCACUGCGUUUCUCGAACUUUGUUUGCUUGCGGUUAAUUUCUGACAGAUAAUUUGUAAUAGGUACAUUUGCUUGUUAUAAUAGGAUUAAAUACGGACGUUAUAAAGAAACCAUGGCAAAUUUUAAGAUAUUAUUAGCGUUAUCCAUCGCACUUUGUCUAAAAGUAACAGCAGAUGGCGCUAUUAGCAUACAACCAGAACCACCAAAUGUAUCAUCAAACCAACCUACUUCUCCAGCAUCAAGUUCUAGUUCAACUUCACAUAAGACAACUACCCCAACCACCACCACCACCACCACGACCACUACUAGUACUAGUAAUAAAGCUGAUACAACUACCACUGCUAAAACUACUACUCCUACAACUCCUUCUACUACUACAAAAUCUAGUACAACUACCGUUACUACUCCUGCCACAACUAAGACAACUCCAUCUACCACUUCUACUUCGACUACUACAACUUCUACAGCGAAACCUACCACUCCUAUUACACCUACACCAAAACCAGUUCCUGAACCAACAAUGGGCAAGUGGUCCAUCAACUAUACCAAUUCAAAUGACAUUUGUUUGUUAAUGGAUGCAGCCUUACAGAUUGAAAUCCCCCAGAUUAAUCUCACCUCUCUGAAAAUCAAUGUUCCUUUUAAUGCAUCAGCUGCGGGCAAUUGUGGUAAUAUAGAUGUCAUGACACUAGUUUGGGAUAAGACCAGUUUCAUCAAUAUGAGUUUUGUUCAAAACACAACUAGCAGAAAGUUUGAACUGGAAUCAAUUGCGGCUUCUGUCAGUGUCACACUCUCUAAUGGCACCUCCCACAUAUUAAACGCAACUCAUGAAAAUUCAGAGUUCACUACUUGGUUGGGUCAUUCUUACAAAUGUACUAAGGUUCAAACUUUGAAUUUGACUGCAGCAGGUGGUAAUGAUACUGUUGCUUUAUUGCAUAUUAAUUAUGUGCAGUUUCAACCCUUUUCUAAUGUGACAGCACAUACGUUUUAUGAUGCUAUCGAAUGUGCUACAUAUUCAGAUGUCUUACCACUCGUAAUUGGAUGCGUAUUAGCUCUUCUGGUGUUCUUAGUACUGAUUGUCUAUAUUGUAGGAAGACGCUAUUGCGAAGCCAGGGGAUAUACUUCAAUUUGAGUUGCAAGAACACUCCAAAACUCACAGAUGGGAAGCGUUUUCCAUAACAUCUCGAGCACUAUCUAAAUUAAUAACGAGAACAUACAGUCUGGGAGGUAGUGUCAAAUGUUUACGGUAAUUUUAGCACGGAUUCUAUGAAUUUAUUUUGGUAGGUAGUACUUGUUUGAUAACGAAAAUAUCUGCCAGCUGUAUAGACGCAAAGUAGAUGUAAAACUGUCAGCAAAGUAGAUGUAAAAACCCCUACAACUUAUAUGUCAAAUAUGUCUUUCUAUGCCUUACAUCCAUAACGGCCUAGUGGUUAGAAUACCUGGCUCCUGACUUUCACCCAGGCUAGUCGGGCUCGAUUCCCGGCGUCGGAAAUCCUUUUUGUUUUUAAAAUUGACAUUUCGAUUUAAAAAAUAAUUGUUUUUAUAAUAUAUAUAUAUAUAUAUAUAUAUAUAUAUAUAUAUAUAUAUAUAUAUACGGGGUGUCAUAUCGGCUGACGCCGCAUCCCCACACCUAACCGCCAUCUAUUUCUAUCCUGGGCAUCUUCCUCUUCCAAAUCUCGGUGUUCCAUGGCCUUCCUUAUCGUGUCAUUCCAGGAUAGUCUUGGUCUUCCCCUUUUCUUCCUACCUGGAGGUUUCCAUUUCAGGAGUUUCUUUGGCCAUCGUUGGUCGUCCAUUUUAAGUAAGUGACCGAACCAUUUUAGGCUUCUUCUCUCGAGCCUGUCUACCGCUGUAUCGUGUGCCUGCAUUCUUCUUCUUAUUUCUUCGUUACGUAUUCUGUCCAAUCGGGAGAUUCCAGCACUUCUACGUGUGUAGUCCAUUUCCACAGCAUUGAUCCUUCUUCUGGACUCUGCUGUUAAUGUCCAGACUUCGCUUCCAUACAUGAGUACCGAUUCCACAAAUGUCUUCCCUAUUCUUAAUUUUGUAGUUCUGGAUAUAUUUUUAUCCCACCACACGGAAUUCAAGCAACCUACUACCUUCCUACUUUGUUCAACUCGCCUUUGAAUUUCUUUGUUGCCUAGGUCUUCUCUGUUUAUUACAGUUCCCAGAUAUUUGAAUUCUUCAACCUGUUUAAUUGAUGUGUUCAUUGUUUUUAUAAUACCACGGUUUUAUUAUUUGUACGACACAAUAUAAAAAAGCAUUAUAAAAACAAUUAUUUUUCAAAUCAAAAUGUCAAUUCGACUCGCCUGGUGAAAGCCAGGAGCUAUUUAUCUCCGAGCCUUACAUCAAUAUUAGAGCAACUCAACUAUUGCAACUCUUCAUGCAACUAUAACUUCUGAUCUUCUUACGAUAAAAACCUGGUCUGACUGUAAUUUACUCUCCUUUAACGUGGCUAAGACAGUAGCAUUAUCCUAUAAAGUUGCUUUUCAACCCCUGCUUGUUAAUAAGAGGCAGAUAUCUACCGUCGAUUCUGUAAAAUUUCUUGGUAUAUUUUUAGACAGCAACCUCAAAUGGCCACUUCAUAUCGAUUUGUUAAGUAAGAAACUCUGCUAUGCUAUAAGAUCUGUUUCGAAGGAACUCAAUUUAGCAUCUUCUAAUAUAACAUAUUUUCCUUUGUUCGAGUCUAAUCUUCGAUAUGGUCUCCCUUUUUGGGGUUCUAGUACAGCUGCCCAAUUUGAUAUUAUUUUCAAAUUACAAAAAAGAGCAAUAAGAUAUCUGUUUGGCCUCAGAAGAACAACACAUUGCAGAAGUUACUUUUAAGUUCACGGAAUUUUAACUUUUCCAUCUUUGUAUAAGUAUUUUAGAAACUGUUUGCUUAAUUCGUAAACACCUGCAUCUCUUUCCAGCAAAGCCUCAUCAUGACUACUCCACCAGAAAUUCAACUUUUGAUGUCUAUUUACCGAUCCCGUCCUCUGAGGUAGUAAAGAAAUCUAUAUUAUAUUCCGCAAAAAAACUAUACAACCAUCUCCCUUUACAACUUAAAUCUGCACAUCUUUCCCCAAGUUCCGUAAAAUGGCAAAAGCCCAUCUAUCUAAAAAACUAUAUUAUUCAGUAGAAGAGUUUUUUAAUGACUAACUAAGAAAUUACAGUAAUAUAUAAGUAACUAAAGUAUAUUUAUCUAUAUUUGGGUGUCACAUACAGCAGCUUUAACUUAUUAGUUCAUAUGUUUGUAUUUUAUUAUGUUGUAUGUUAAAUUUGCAAUUUAUAUUAAUUUUGCAAUAUAUUGGUUUUGUUUUUUUGCUUCACUUUAUUAACUUGUACAUAUAUUUUAUUUAUAUUGACGAUUUAUCUAAUUUCAGAAAAUUGUAUUUGUUAUUGUUAUUUUUUUGACUCUAUGUUAAGCUUUGUCCAUAAAAUUGUAUAAUUUUCAGUGACAAUAAAGCAUAUUUCUAUUCUAUUCAUAAUGGCCUAGUGGUUAGAAUGCCUACCUUCUGGCUUUCACCCAGGCGAGUCGAAUUGACAUUUUGAUUUGAAAAAUAAUUGUUUUUAUAAUACUUUUUUAUAUUGUGUCGUAUAUAAAUAAUAAAAACGUGGUAUUAUAAAAACAAUUAUUUUUCCAAUCGAAAUGUCAAUUUUAAAAACAAAAAGGAUUUCCGACGCCGGGAAUCGAACCCGACUCGCCUGGGUCAAAGUCAGGAGCCAGGUAUUCUAACCACUAGGCCAUUAUAUGAAUGUAAGGCACGGAAAUAAAUAUUUGACAUAUAAGUUGUCAAGGGCGGAUCCAGGGAGCCAUGGGGGCCAUGGCCCCCUCCGAGAAUUUAAAAAAUAUAUAAAUUUAAAUAUUUGCAGUUCAAAUGUUUUUAGUUUCAAACAAAUAUACGUAUGUACAAAACAGGGGAUAAAUAAGUCUUCUGACUAGAAUUGAACAAAAGCAGUAACGGUAGCUUCAAGAAUGACGCAAAUCAAAAUGUUGAUAAUUUUACAAAGUGCAAAUUGUUGACAUGACCUUGGCAGCCAUCAAAAUCGUAUCAAUUUCUAUAUUCUGUACACACAAAGAAAGAAAAAGAAAUGAAGCGUUACUUGGGUCACGAGCACUUAGAAAAAAAGCGUUGGUUGGUGCUUUCGCAUGUUCAAACAGGAUUGUUUUGCAAGUAUUGCGUUUUAUCUUUCUAAUGAAAAAUCAAACGAUGACAAAGCCUUCUCACGAAACCUUUAACAUAUUUCGCCAAACUAAUGGGCAAAGACGGAGGCAUGCAAUCCCAUGAAAAAACAUCAUACACCAAAGAGUGCGUUCAAGUUGGGCUAGAUUUUUUACAAAGUUAUCGCAACCCGCAAAAGUCAGUCAUUAACCAGAUAGACUCUUAAAGGUCCAAACAGAUACAAGAAAAUAGAGAAAGACGACCAAUAAUAGAGUCUAUGUAUAGUGUUCUUAGGUCGACAAAAUAUUUCUCUAAAGCCUGGGUUUCCUCGAAAGCGACACCGACAAACUGCGACCGUAACACUGCGAUGAAUGACGUCAGAUUACGGUGAAAAAUUCAAGGUUCUUCACUGCGGCAAUGAAAUUUGAAACUCAGCAAGCGGUGGUUUCCAACGCAUCCUUGGAAACCACUGCUAUUAUUUUGCGUGGUACAGUUUUUUAUGACGUCAUCCAUCGCAGUGUUACGGUCGCAGUUUGUCGGUGCCGCUUUCGAGAAAACCAAGGCUUAAGAGGCCAUCGUAAUGAUGGCCUUCUGCUUCUGGACGAUGAUGCUGGAUCUAGCAAUGAGGGGAAUUAUUAAGGUUUAAAAUCGCAUCAGAAGAUAAGACUCUUAAACAACACCGAUCCUCAGCAUCUUCAACAUACAUUAGCAGCACCACUUUUCAAGUCAAUUGAUAAUAUGUUGUGGCGAAGAAAUAAUUGAACAAAUAAUGAAUCAGGUUCAAAGUGCAAAUUAUUACUCUGUCAUAUCUGACGAAAAGACUGGCGUAUCUCACGUGAAACAGCUUUUUCUAAAUUUGAGAUACAUACACAAUAACAGCAUUCGUGAAGAUUUGUCAAAUUCAUAGACGCUUAUGAGAACAUAAAAAUAAUUAGUGAAAAUCAAGAAAGAGGGGAAGAACAAGGCCUGACCAGAGAAGCAUUGGGAAAAAUAGUAUUAAACUUGUUAAAAGAACUGCACUUGAAUCCGAAAAAAUGUGUAGGAAUCGGUACUGACUUUAAUAAUACUUUAAGAACGAUAAGUUUUGAAUGACUUUAUGGCACUGAAAAGUGUGUGAAAAGUGCCUUAAAAUUCACCAUUGUAACCCUAUUUUUUUAAAAUUACCUCCAGACCCCAAGGUACCCCUCCCCAAAAAAAGGUCAUGGCCCCUCCCGAAAAUCGGUCCUGGGUCCGCCCUUGUAAGUUGUAGGGUUUUUCCAUCUUCUUUCAUAUUUUAUCUUUUCUUGCCUAAAGGCCCCGGUUUUGGGCCAGCUGACACACAUUUGUUAAUAAGCUUUGGAACAACUGCCUUUAUAAAAAAAAAACAGCCAUGCUAAAAUGCUCCGAUCAAACUUGACGCUACCUCCCGGACUAAUACUUUAUUAUUUGAUGUGUAUUUUAUUAUCUAGUUAACGUUGCUAUUAUCUGUCAAAUGUCACUGUGAUCGGUUUUUCUCUAGUAUGAACCUUUUAGUCUAGAUUAUUUUCGUUUAUUAUGUUUUAAAACCGAAGAUCUGAAACAAAAUUUAAUGUUAAAUAGUAUUUUUUAAAUUUAGUUUUUAGCUCGUACUGUGAUAAAUUAAGGAUAGUCUAAUCUAUAGUGGUAUAAUGACAAAUUGACAUCUUAUAUUAUAUAGGUACUGAAGAAGUUGCCUAACUCUAUGAAUGAAGUAUGACUUCUCUCUAGUAGAGUACUCUUAUGAGUUUCAUUCCUUUAAGCCUUGUAGAACUUUUUGUAGAAUUUUUGAAAUAGCGAACUUCAAAAAUAAGCUUUCAUUUGAUUGCGUACCGACCGAGACGUAUUAAAAUGUCUGGGAUCUACCCAGCCUGGAUUAAAUUUUGAAACCUAUUAUAAAGUAUAGUAAUCCAUAUCAACAGUAUCACACUACAGUAAUAAAUUACAUUUAUUUGUGGCAAAUAGGUUUAAGUUGUGUUUAUUUUGUCUUAUCUUAAACAGAGUGACGAUCUUGUCAUCGAUUAUAAAUACGUAUUUACAGUAAAUAUUUGAUUAGCUAAAGCAUAGGCGUAACCAGGAUGAUCCUAAGGGGGGGUUACAUCUACCUGAAAGGGGGGGUUACAACUACUGGAAAUAUCUGAGGGAUAUGAUGUUAAGCGUAUAGAGCUGAAAGUACAUCCCAAUGGGGGGGUUACAACCCCCAAAACCCCCCCUGGUUACGCCUAUGAGCUAAAGUAAAAAUGUAUUGAAUGAAAAAGACAGUAUCUUUACUCAUAUUUGAGUAUUAGGAACAUUCUUUUCUUUCGGACCUUUUUUCUAGACGAAUGAAAGCGGAAUGUGACUGCAUAUUGUAGAGUCCUUUUCGCUUUCUUUAUUCAUCUCUUGUUCUUAUAAAUUGUAAAAGGCAGAGAAUAAGGAUGUAUCAGAAAGAAGUUCCAACAAGAAAAGUUUUCAGAUUUAAAUAAUUAUUUACUAUUUUAUUUUAAUAGUGAUUUUUUUAUCUGAGACUUUUCGCUUUUCUAAAAAUCUAUUAUGUUUUAUAGCAAUUUAUUUAAAUAAUUCCUUUUUUUUAUUCGUGUUUAAUAUUACACUGAAUUUCUGUAGAAAAGAAAAUUUUUCUCCGAAAAGUACUUUACCAAUUAUACCAAUUACAACAGGAGUUUUUACUUUGGUGUUAAACGUUGUCUAUAUUUUCAUUUUUGGCCGGUUGUAUUUCUUAUGUACGGCCUUGCCCUAGGAUGUGUAAUCUCAAUUGUUGAACAAUCUUCUUAAAAAAGCUCUCUCAUAAGUCUGGAGAUCUUGAUUAACAACAGGUUGAUUAUUAAUUUUUUUCGCCCAAUCGGUAUAUCGGAGCGUGGAGAUAGUCUCCUUUAAAUUGUAAUCUGUCGGACUAAUACUCCAGGGUAAUAAGCUAGAAUUAGACCAUGUUUGAGACACUCAAAGAUCCAGAUAGCUGACUACUUUUUUAGUUAUUAUAGACCUAUAGGAAAAAACCUACCUGUUUCCUGCCUAGAGUUCGCGUCCGUUUUUAAUUAUUAACAAUUUAGUGCAAAAAACGCGAUUUUUUCGAUUUUUUGCACCCCAUUAAAAACCUAAAUAGUUAACAUAAAAUUACAAAAUUUAAUUUUUUUAGAACAUUAAAAAACCUUCAAAAUGUCGAUUUUUGAAAGUUAAAAAGUUAAUUUGUUGCUACGCAAACUGCAAAAUAAGUGAAAAUUGUUAUUUGUCGAUAACUUUUACUCAAACUACCUUAGAACUUAAUGUUUCACCCAAAGUUGGGUAUUGGGGUACUUAACAAACCCUCAAAAUUUGAGAUCGAUCCAUUAGUUAGUUUAAGAGUUAUUCUAAUUGUUUAUCCCAGAGACCUUUAUUUUGCAAUAUCAUAAGACAGAAAAUAAUGAAGAUAUGGCAAUUCUGCGUAUGCCAAAUGAAAGUAGAAAACUGACGCUAUUAAAAUUUACUAAAAGAAGAUAAAAAGUAUCUAAUAUAGUCAAAAAUCCUAAUGACAAAUUGGUGAAAUUUUGUAGUUUUUAAACAUUUAGAAUAACUUUAAAAAUGUUGUCCGUAGAAAAAGUCAUUUUACAUAUUAGAAAAUCUGGCAUUUUACACGAAUUUUUAAAGAUGUAGUUCAAUUGGUGACUAGUCGUGGUAAGUGAAGGGGGAGCUGGGAGCCGACAAAUGCACGAGUUCAAAAACUAAAAAGGCACUAUCAUUUUCUAUAUCUCGAGAUCUACUGAAUAUAUUUUGAUCGUUCUUUUUUUAACGUGUAUGUAAUUUUUCUGUACAUUACAAAUAUGCAAUUUGUCUAGACAUUUAUUAAUUAAUAAACAGUCCAAUUUGUUUAAACAAUUUUUGAAAAAAUAAUUUUUUUCCAAAAAUCCAUGAUUUUAAUCAUACUAUCAUUAUUAAUCAUAGAAAACGUUAAGCUAUACUUUAAAAAAUAAAUUAUCUUCAAUCAAUAAUUAUCUAAUAAAAAUCAUUUAUUUGUUAAAAUGUACUUUAACUUUUUCUAUGAUCAUUAAUGAUACCAUGAUUAAAAAAAUAGAUUUUUGUAAAAAAAAUAUUUUUUCAAGAAUUGUUUAAACAAAUUAGACUAUUUAUUAAUUAAUAAAUUUAUAAACAAAUUGCAUAUUUGUAAUGUACGUAGAAAUUAGAUACAAAUUAAAAAAAGAAAGAUCAAAAUCCAUGGAGUUUAUCCGGAGAUACAGAAAAUUAUAUUCGUUUGAAAUUGCUUUUUCGGUAUUUUAACUUGGUGGAUUUGUAGGUUCCCAAUAAUAAUCGUUUGAACUACAUUUUUGAAAAAUCGUAGAGGGUGCUAUGAAGGUACAAUGUCUGUGCAAAUUUUUUAACAAAAAAUACAAAUCCCAUUCUUUAAAAUGACAUUAUUGAUAUUCCUUAAUUAUUAUAAACAAAUUAGCUGUGAAUUUAAAAAAACAUAUGGCUAACUUUGUCCCACAUGAACCCAUGCUAAUUUUUUUUAUUUGAAAAUUCGUGUUAAAAUACUAUCUUUUCGAAUAUAUAAAAAGAUUGUUUUUACGGACAACAUUUUUAAAGUUAUUCUAAUUUAUAAACUACAAAAUUUCCAAAAUUUGGCAUUAAAAUUUUUGACUAUAUUAAUUAUUUUUUUAUCUUUUUUAAUACAUUUUGAUACCAGUGGCGUAGCUGACAGGCCCGCAGGGCCCGCCUUAAAGCCUUCAAGCUUAAUUCUUCUACUUUCUUUACAUUAGGGCCCAAAACAUAUUUUCCUAAUAGGUAUCAAAAUAGAGAAUUUGGAAGGAAGUAGGUAAUGAAGCGAGUACCUAAUUGACCUAACUCUUUUUGGGUUCAAUUUAGCGUUUCGUGGACAUGUUGGUAGUUUAGAUGAAAGUAAACCCCAAAAAGGUAGUUUUUUGUCGGUAGUUCUUUUACUAGCUAAAUAUGAUCCUGUUUCAGCUAAAUUAAUCGAUAAAAACAAUAUCUAAAAAUCAAUUACUUGAGCCCCCAAAUAAAAAACGAAGUUAUAAAUUUGUUGGCUCAAGAAACUGAAAACAAAUUAAUUAAUUUAAUUUAAAAAGUUGUUGUUAUUAAAUAAUUCUUGAUAAUACUCAAGAUAUUUCAGAACCCGAUCAGCUUAGUUUUAUUUUCCGGUAUGUAAAAAUAACUUGAGAUGAAAAUAAUUUACCUUCCAAAGCAGAAGUUAUUGAAAGUUGUUUUGAGAUUUACUCGCAUAUUAGACCAAAGUGAAGAAGGUCUUGUAAAUGAAAUUUUAAAAUUUAUACAAUCAAAGCACUUUUCAGUACACAACUGUAGAGGAAAGGGGUAUGAUGGGGCAAGCGUUAUGAGUGGUGUAUAUUCAGGCGUACAAAGGCACAUAACUGACAUUGAAAAAACAGCUUAAUAUGUUCAUUGCGCAUCCCAUAAUCUGAACCUAGUGUUAAAUGCUGACGUUGCUGGUGUACAAGAGUUGGUUUUUUUAGGAUAUAAUUAAAAGAUUAUGUUUUUUUAUUGCAAGUAUUAAAAGAUGGGAUGUACCAUGUACUCUUAUGACUUUGGAUUCAUCGCGUUUGCCAACACUUAAAAGGUUAUGUGAAACCUGGUGGUCAUCCAGGCAUGAUGCUGAUAUGGCUUUGCGUCGAGUUUUCCGACAAGUAAUGAAAUCUUUAACGAAAAUUUCAUGAUUCGAGAAAUGAGAAAUUUGUUUUUCGAAACUUUAGCAGAAGCGGUAGGAAUAGCAGAAUAAUGGGGUAUUAUACCGGAAUUUAAAAAUAAACGGAUAAAACGUAUAAAAAAAUGUUACGAUUAGUUCAGCUGCGACGAAAAAUAACUUGUAGCAGAAAAGUUUUUAAAUUAAUGUUUUCAAUGUAAAGGACAUCGCGCACAUCUUAUUAGACAAGGCGGAAACGGCGGGUUCGUUCGGAAAAAUAUUCCCAUGAGAUAUUUGUGCAUAAUCACAUUCGUGAGACAUCCCAGAAUAAGGUUCAAGAAGUCGCCCACGUGAAAAGUGGGCCAAUUUUUUUUUAACAAUUUUUUUUAAUCAAAUUGCAAAAAAUCAAUACUUUUGGCCCGGACUAAUUUUUUUUAGGUUUUUUGGAUCAUUUUGGACAAAAAAGGUCUCUUAUAAUUUUUCUCCAAAGUUGAUCUUUUUCGAGUUAUAAGCAAUCUAAAAUUUGAAAAACGCGAAAAUGGCCAUUUUUAAGACUUAAUAACUCGGUUAAAAAUUAUUAUUAUGAAAGUCAGAAAGUAACUAAAUCAAAGUUUAAAGUCUCCGCUACAUGAUCCUGAAGAAAUCUGUGUCAUUAAUUUACUACUAAGCUGUUAUUUUUAAUUAAUAUCAAUGAGCGAUUAGAUCGUAUUGACGCGGUUGUAAAUGUGAGUGCGAGUAAGAUGCACAAUUGGACUGCUGGAAUGGCUUCUCUCUCGCACUCAGCAUUUACAUACGUCGCACACGUGCAUGGCGCUUAUUAUUAUUACUUAAAAAUAACAGCUUAGUAAUAAAAUAAUGACAAAAAUUUCUUCAGGAUCUUGUAGGGGGGACUUUAAACUUUGAUUUAGUCAUAUAUUGACUUUCAUAAUAAUAACUUUUAACUUAGUUAUUAAGCCUUGAAAAUCGCCAUUUUUCGUUUUUUUUCAAUUUUAAAUUGCUUAUAAGUCGAAAACGAUCAACUUUAGAGAAAAAUUAUAAGAGAUCUUUUUCGUCCAGAAUGGUCCAAAAAAUUAAAGAAAAAAUUGUUCGAGCCAAAAAUAUUGAUUUUUGCAAUUUGAUUAAAAAAAAAAUUGUUAAAAAAAAUUGGCCCACUUUUCACGUGGGCGACUUCUUGAACCUUAUUCUGGGAUGUCUGACGAAUGUGAUUAUGCAAAAAAAUCUCAUGGGAAUAUUUUUCCCUUCGAACCCGCCGUUUUCGCCUUGUCUAUAUGGAAAAUAUAAUGUCACUCAAAUGCAAUAAAAUUUAUACGAAUAGAUUCGUUUUAAAUUAACGGUCAAAUCUUAUCAUUGCGCUAACUCUUAAUUAUGAUUAAUUACGGCGCAAAUUGCAAUUAAAGUUUAUCGAAAUCACAUUUUUGGAGUCAGUAAAAGUGUCAGUUACAAUCACUAUUGCUCUGGGUGCUAUUCAAAAGAGCUUAAACCCCGCUGGGCCUAAGCGGAUUAGUGAAACUAAUCCGCUGAUUUAUGGAGUACCGACAAUUUGGGUAUUUUAAAAUAUUUUUUCUCUCUCUAACUUAUGUACGUACCCAUUUGAUUUCAGAUUUAUUUAUAUCAAUUUCUGCUCUUAUUAUUAAAAAUAUAGAGUUGGCGCAAUGAUAAGAUUUGACCGUUAAUUUAAAACGAAUCUAUUCGUAUAAAUUUUAUUGAAUUUGAGUGACAUUCUAUUUUCCAUAAGAUGUGUGCGAUGUCCUUUAGAUAUAAUAUUGCAACAAUUUACUAAUAGGUUUGUCGGAUUAAGAGACAUGUAUAAUAGGCUUUCAUGUCUAUUCCCAAAAAAUCUAUUCACACUAACUGAUGAAGACUUAUCAAAAAAAAGGCCAAAUAUUGGCAUUUACACAUAUUUUAGUAAUUAUACUGUUUUAGUUGUCGUUGGAUUACAAGUUGGAUUAAAAAUGAACCACACAAAAACACAAAUCAUGACAAAUCUGGUGUUAAGCGAAAAAAUUUCAGUAAAUGGCAUGCAUAUUGAAGAAACCACCUCUUAUAAGUACUUAGGGCAUGAGAUUAGCUAUGUCUGUAAGUCAAAACUGCCUAUGUGUCUCAAAAGAAUUUGAUCAGUGCGUGUUGCUAGUAUUUACAAUAUAUGGUGCAGAAACUUUAACAGUAACCAAGAAAACAAGAAAUAAAAUUUGAGUUACACAAAGACCAAUGGAAUGCUCGAUAUUAGGCAUUUCUUGUAGGGAUCGGAUUAUGAACAAGGAAAUAAGAUGGAGAACAGGAGUGACAGAUGCCAUAGAAAGAAUUAUGACCCUUAAGUGGAACUGGGCGGGGCACAUAGCUAGAAUGUCGGAUAACAGAUGGACAGAGCGAAUAAUACACUGGAUACCAACACAAGAAGCAUACCGUAAUAGAGGUCUGAUGACAUAAAACGGAUCGACAAAAAUUGGAUGCAAACAUCACAAAAUAAGAAAACAUGGAAAAGACUAAUGGAGACCUAUAUCCAGCAGUGGAUAGAUCCGGGUUGAAUGAUGAUGAAUUGUCGUUAUGUUUAUAAUACGGGAUCCCACAAGAAUUGUCGCGGGGGGGCACCAAUCUUCACCUACGCCACUGUUUGAUACUAUCACUUUUCUACUUUCAUUUGGCAAACUCAGAAUUGCCCUAUCUUCGUUAUUUUCUGUCUUAUCUUAUUGCAAAAUAAAGGUCUCUGAGAUAAACAAAUAGAAUAACUCUUAAAAUAAUUAAUGGAUCAGUCUCAAAUUUUGAAGGUUUGUUAAGUACGCCAAUACCCAACUUUUGGUGAAACACUAAAGUUUUAAGGUAGUUUUAGUAAAAGUUAUUAAUAAAUAACGAUUUUCACUUAUUUUGCAGUUUGCGUAGCAACAAAUUAACUUUCAAAAAUAUGCAUUUUGAAGGUUUUUCAUGCCUGGUUUCACCAACAGAUCUUAAGCUCCAGAUUAGCUAAGCUCUACUUAUAGAUAAGGCCUCCUUGAGUAUCACUUACGUUGCACAAUAAUUUUAGAUUUUUACCUUAUUAUCAAUUAUAUCUAUUAUUAUAUUAUGGUAUUCUUAUUGUAAUAUAUUAUAAUUAUAUUAUAUUAGUUCUUAUGAUAUUCUCGACUUAAGCUUAAGAUCUGUUGGUGCAACCGGGCAUCUCAAUGUUCUAAAAAACUUAAUGUUGUAAUUUUAUGUCAACUAUUUAGCUUUUGAAUAGAGUGCAAAAAAUCGAAAAAAACCGCAAUUUUUGCACUAAAUUGUUAAUAAUUAAAAAACGGACGCGAACUCUAGGCAGGAAACAGGUAGGUUUUCUUCCUAUAUGUCUACAAUAACUAAAAAAGUAGUCAGCUACCUGUAUCUUUGAAUGUCCCCAGAAAAUCCUUAUUACUCUGGACUAUAAUACAGCCUAUCAUAAGUGUAAUACUACUUCCCCAAGCGAAUCUUUUAGUAGCCUGGUUAGGUUGCUACUUCUAUCAGGAUUAAACCCAUGCUGGAAUUUUUCGUCUUCAAGACUACUGAUUACGUUUCCCAGUGUAAAGUUGUAAAGAGCCCUGUACAUAAAAAAUAAAACUGAAUUGCAUCAUGUGUGUAAUUAGUAGUUAAUUUAGUUUCUAUUUAUCAUAUAUUUUUUUCUAUUUAAGUACAGUGGAACCCCGAUUAUCCGGGUGCGGAUUAUCCGUGCUGCGGAUUAUCCGUGCUAUGAUUUUCUAUUACUCAAGUUGCGUUUUUGAGGUUUUAUCAAAAUAGCGUCAUCGUAAAUCACUUGACGGAAACUCUAUAUGACGAAAGAGAGACUCAUAAUGAAAGAUUUAUUUUUUUCUGUUAUUUUUUAUGGUAGUUACUAUGUAUGUGUAUUGUGUAUACGUACAUAUGUAUUAUACAUAAGAAAUACAUGUUCGGAGUAUCCGUGCUUUUCAAUUAUCCGUGCCACCCUUCGGUCCCGACGAGCACGGAUAAUCGGGGUUCUACUGUAUGUUAAUAAUGAAAUUUGAUCGUCAUUCUGUUUUAUUUUUGUUUUGGUGUUGGUGAUUACGAAUUUAGUUCUAGUUUUUUGAGCUUCUACCUGGUCUAAAGGCGUGAAAGUCCAUUGGGAUUUAUUGGGUUUAGACAAUUUUCAUUAAAAAAUUAUAUAUAGGUAGGUACCAUGUUUCUGUUUAUGCCAAGCAAAUUUUCGAAUACUAAGGAUAUAUUUUACGUACACGAAAAUAAAAAGUUGCCGAAUUUUA